AUUUACGUACGUUACAUGCAGGCCAGCCAGCUAGCCUUCAUACUUGGUUAUAAUACCUCCAACAAGUCAAGGAUCUAUUACUGAUUGAGUAUGAUGCAAAGAUAAGCACAAGGAAUGUGCCCACUGUGCAUUACAAACCACCUUCUUUUGUCUGCAUAGGACUACAGCCCCAACCUCGUGAGACGAAUGGCACAAUCUGAUUUAGCCGCCUGUAGCUACACGUACACAGUGGUGCUGCUUGAGAAUGUUCCACCAAUCAGCAAGAACACUGAUGAACAGACUAGACAGAAAGUACUGAUUCCACUGGGGUACAAUGAAGGCAGGCUCACCAACAUUAUGUCUGCCAGCUAUGUUGGUGGUGGAGAAGAGGUGAAGUCAGGAGCUGUCUACAAACUCUACGGAAAGAAAAAUGUUACAGAGCUCAAGUCUGUGAAACUGCUGUAUCACAUGACUGAGACUAUAUCCAACUCGGUGAAGAUCGAAAUUAGCAGCACUUCAAUAAUUGCCAAGGCUUUGAUGAAAGCCAAAAAUGGAUAUCAACACUGCUUGACAUUUAGCAAGGCUGGAGGCCGUAAAGCUAUUAUCAGUGGUCCGUCCGCGACUGUGGAAGCUUUCUGUGACUACCUCAAUGAGCAAAGUGCUGAGCUGCUACUGUCAGCCUCAACCAAUCCACCAAUUCCUGAUGAAACGUCAAUCCACAAUACCAAACCAGCCAAUUCUGUUGCACCAGCUAAGGAAACCAUUGAUGACUCUGUUCAUGCGGCUACUGCGAUGCCUUUGACAACCCCUCCUCAGAGUGUGUAUGACAAUAUGAGUCCUGAUGCAUUGGCCCUUCUUGAAAAGCUACCCAUAGGCCAAAUCGAGGGUGUCUACUACAACCCCACGGCUGGGAAGGUUCUCAUUGACAAGGAGAGUGCUGAGAAAGAAGAUGAGAGAAUCACGAAGUUCCAAACUGCAUACCAGUCCAUUUUGAGUAGAAAAGUGAAGACUAUUGAAGUGCCAAUCCCUGCAACUGUGUCUCCCGAUGCUCUGGCUAAUCUCAUUCAUCAGUAUAACCAGACCUACGACCAGUGUGUAUUCUCAGUACAAGAAGGGGAAUUUCCCUGUGUGAAGAUUGUCUCAACCUCUUCUCGACAACACGAUCAAGCCAGAACUCUCUUAACAGAGGAACUUGUCAAAAUGGUUAGCCUUAUUCUACCUGCUGUCAGCAAGUGUGAAGUCAUCCAUCUUUCUAAAACUCGGACACUGACACUGAAGAAGGCAAACAUUGUGGAGGAACAAGUUGACAUCAUUGUGAAUCCAGCAAACGAUAGAUUGUCUCACGGAGGUGGUGUUGCAGCUGCAUUGGAUAAUGCUAGCCAAGGGCAACUACAAACGUUUUCGAAUCGUUACACUAAAAAAAAAGGCAAAGUGCCUGUUGGGAACAUUGCAAUCACACCCGGAGGGGGGGCAUUGAAGUGUGACAAUGUGAUUCACGCUGUUGGGCCUGACACAAGAUAUGGUGAAGCUGAAUGUGAACGUCUUUUAAUCAAAGUUAUCAAUGAGGCUUUGAAGGGUGCAGAAAAACACAACGCGACUUCGAUAGCAUUCCCAGCCAUCAGUACUGGGAUCUUCGGUGUGAGGAAAGAUCUUGUUGCACACUGUCUUGUUGACACUGUUAUGGCAUACCAUUUUACGAAGCCCCACCCUGUUCUCUCUGACAUUCGAAUUGUCAUUAUUGACGAGAAGACAUAUGCACCGUUUGCACGAUAUUUUCAACAGAAGAUGGCUUCCCUAGAGAUUGGCAGUAACAGACACAGGCCUUUGAUACAGCCAACUAAAUUUAAGGCACCAGCAUCCACUCCCAUUUCCCCACCUCCUGUAGCUGACGCAACAGACAAAGGGACCCAGCUGGUAGCUCCAGAACCAGCUGCACCUCCAGAUAUGACACUGGGUUUGUUGAAAGAUUCUUCUACAAUUGUGUCGCUCCUGGAGGGCCUGGCUGACAACUGGCAUGCUCUUGGAAGUUUGCUAGGGCUCUCAAAACCUGACUUGGACCGAAUCAACUCCGUACAAGCUGCUCCAAAGGUUUACUUGGACAGGAUUGUUACCAAGUGGCUAAUGAGAGAUGCUACCUCUUCACCUACGAUUUCAGCACUUGUGAAUACGUUGGCUGGAAUUAAAGGAACAGAACAAAUUGUUCAGAGUAUUCUAGAAGAGUACGGAGAGCAGAAUGCCAAGCAGUUUAAACAUCAGACCAGCCAAGAGGAAGCACAAGAUGUAUCUGCCAUCCAGUAUCCAGGACCUAAUGAUAUGCCAGAUACCACAGCUGAGACGUCGAAUGUUUCGUUAGCUGACUCGUCCGGGACUGGACCAACAGAUAGUCUCACCACUACCACAGCCAGCACCACUCCGAAUACUGGUGUCCCUGCCUCACCCCUUACAGACAACACAACAGACCAACUGCCCUCUUCAACUAGUGCAUCAAGCAUGUUUGCCAACACCAACACCAAUGUAAAUGGAAUGGCUACUCCCACAACACAUCCCCUGCAACCUCCAUUAUCCACGCCACCAGGAUUCACUUCCCAGGUCUCUAUACCCACACCAGGUGGAUACAACCACGGGCAAAAUUGGGGAUAUCCUACAACUCAAGGAGGAAAUGCACAGUUCCCGGUGGCUGGCAGUUUUACCACAACCACAACAGCUUCUACCACUGGUGUCAUGGCAACAGGCAUACAGCAGAAUCCUACUCCUCAUCCAAACCAACCAUCACCACGUGGGGUGACUCCUCAAUUAUUGGCCCAAAGAAGUCCUCUCCUUGGUGAUGGCAUGAACCCACAGCAUGGUGAGGUGGGACCCAGACCAGCUGGUGUUGGAACUUUCAAUGCUGGGCAUGGUACCACUGGGAAGAAUUAUUCUCAAGCUGUUGUCGGAUCUGGAUCUAGACAAGACAUUGGGAGUGCUGUAACUGCUCAGCCCUCAAGCACUCAUCAAACAGGUCAGGAUAACUCGGUAACCAAGAACAGCAAAGGUACAACUCAGACCAAAGAAGACUCUGCUGAGUGCCCGAUAUGUCUCUCUGGCUUCAAAGAUCCUGUGAAUACCAAAUGUGGCCAUUUUUUUUGUCGAGGCUGCAUCAACGAAGCUCUGCAGCACAGCCCUUAUUGCCCAUCCUGCAAGACUGCCCUCCGGAAAAUCGUUGGAAAUCAGCCCAACGGUGGGAAAAUGACUGUGAAGUAUUCCAGAAACCAGCUACCAGGAUAUCCUAGUUGUGGCACCAUUGAGAUACACUAUGAGAUUUAUAAUGGGACUCAAAGCAAGCUCCACCCACAUCCUGGUAGGAAGUUUCAGGGUGCCUACAGGAUUGCCUAUCUCCCCGACAAUCCUGAGGGCAGAGAAGUACUGCAGCUGCUCAAGAGGGCAUUUGAUGCCCGACUCACCUUCACAGUGGGCACCUCUAUAACCAGUGGACAGAAUGAUGUGGUGACUUGGAAUGACAUUCACCACAAGACAUAUACUCACGGAGGACCGUAUGGCUACCCUGACCCCACUUAUCUUGCGAGGGUGAGAGCUGACCUGGCUGCCAAAGGCAUUGUAACUGUUGACAGUACUGCUGUUUAAUUAGUGACAAACUACAAACUAUAUCAUGCAUAUUGAUUAUUUGAGUUCUUGUCUUUGUGAUUUCAAUUCGUGUGUUGAUGCAUUAUUGUUGAGAAUGUCUCUUUUGUGGUG